AUGCUUCGCCGCACAUUUGCCUGCUUCUCUUCAAAGCUGAGCAAGGCGUAUCCGGUGAUAGACCACACCUUUGACUGUGUGGUGGUGGGCGCUGGUGGUUCAGGUCUUCGUGCUGCGAUGGGCGUUGCUGCCUCAGGCUACGACGUGGCGUGUAUCUCUAAGCUCUACCCAUCACGAUCGCACACGAUUGCGGCACAGGGAGGCAUCAAUGCAGCACUUGCAAACUGUGAAGAGGACGACUGGCGUUGGCAUGUGUACGAUACUGUGAAGGGAAGUGACUGGCUGGGGGACCAGGAUGCGAUUCAGUACAUGUGUCAAGAGGCACCGUGUGUGGUCUCCGAACUAGAGAGCAUGGGGCUUCCCUUCUUGCGUACAAAGGAUGGAUUUAUUUAUCAACGUGCGUUUGGCGGUCAAUCGAUUCACUAUGGUGGCAAACAGGCGCGUCGGACAUGUGCUGCGUCAGACCGCACCGGACACGCCAUGCUCCAUACACUCUAUGGGCAAUCGUUUCAAUACGGUGUUAAUUUCUUUAAUGAGUACUAUUGCUUAGACCUUAUUGUGGACAAUGGAUGCUGCCGUGGAGUGGUCGCCAUGAGCAUAGACGAUGGUACGAUUCAUCGAUUUCGCUCCAAGUACACGAUUCUCGCCACCGGUGGCUACGGUCGCUGCUGGUUUACAACAACGAGCGCCAAAUCUUGUACCGGAGAUGGAACGGCGAUGGUAGCACGUGCAGGGCUACCAGAUGAAGACAUGGAGUUUGUGCAGUUCCACCCGACGGGAAUUUAUGGUCCUGGCGUGCUUAUUACGGAGGGUGCACGGGGUGAGGGUGGUUACCUUGUCAACAGUGAGGGGGAACGCUUCAUGGAGCGAUAUGCGCCCAAGGCAAAGGAUCUGGCCUCCCGUGACGUUGUCUCCCGCGCGAUUACGCUGGAGGUUCUCGCAGGCCGCGGCUGUGGCCCGAAGAAGGAUCACGUGCUUUUGCAACUUCACCACCUCCCACCCGAGCAACUGCAUGAGAAACUUCCUGGCAUCUCCGAAAGUGCGCAUAUUUUUGCAGGUGUGGACGUGACAAAGGAGUCGAUUCCCAUCGUGCCCACGGUGCACUACAACAUGGGCGGUAUACCGACACUGUGGACGGGGGAGGUGGUCAGCCCCCGCAACGGCGACGACAACGCCAUCGUCCCUGGUCUACUGGCGGCGGGUGAGUGUGCGUGCGCGAGCGUACACGGGGCAAACCGGCUGGGAGCCAACUCUCUCCUAGACAUUGUCGUGUUUGGCAAGUCGUGUGCGAAUACCGUUAUAUUUAACCUCACGAAGGAGGGACGCACGCAGCCCGAACUACCGUCGGACGCCGGAGAGUCAUCUAUUGCCGACCUCGACAGGAUUCUGCACAACAAGGGAGAUAUCCCUGUCGCACGCGUCCGUGAGCGCAUGAAGGAGACAAUGGCGCUCUACGCAGCCGUGUUCCGCACAGAGGAUAGUAUGCUCAAGGGACAGAGCAUCAUUGAAGAGUGCUACCGGGAUUACUCCCAUGUACUUGUCCACGACAAGUCCCCAGUGUGGAACAGUAAUCUCAUCGAGGCCCUCGAGCUGCGCAAUUUACUCACCAAUGCACUUCUGACCAUCACCGGGGCAGCAAUGCGGCGGGAGUCACGCGGCGCACACGCUCGCGACGACUACCCAGAGCGAGAUGACCACAACUGGAUGAAGCACACGCUUGCCUACCUUGAUGACAAAAACGGCAAGGCUCGCCUUGCGUAUCGCAGAGUACACAACGAAAUGUUGACAAGUGAACUGGAGAGCAUUCCUCCUGCCAAACGUGUUUACUAG